UUAUUCUCCACUUUUCUUUAUAAAUGUUAAUAAUAUCCCCUGUCUUAAAAAAAGGCAUUCAUACCACAUGCCAAUUGCAUGCAAGAUCAGCCAUUAAACACUUGGAAACUACCAAUAAUAAAUCCUUUAAGCUUGUUGCAUUUCCUGAUCCUCCAUCUCUUUCAUCUAAUCAAGUUGCAGAUGCUAAUCUGCUUUUUGCAAGACCUGUCAAUUUUAUUAAAAGUAUAUCUAGUAUAGAUCAAGCUCCUAAUUCAACUCAUCCCGAGGUUGCCUUUGUUGGAAGAAGUAAUGUUGGUAAAUCAACCUUAAUUAAUACCUUAACGAACAAUAGUAAGUUGGUCAAAACGUCUAGUAAACCAGGCCAUACUCGAUUAUUAAAUUUUUUUGAUGUUGGGAAUCAAGUUACCUUUGUUGAUAUGCCAGGUUAUGGGUUUAGGUCAAAAGAAGAAUGGGGGAAUUUAAUAUUAGAUUAUUUAUCCAGUCGUCAACAAUUAAAACGAUUAUUUAUGCUCAUUGAUCCAGUAGCAGGAUUAAAAGAAACAGAUAAACAGUUGAUACGUUAUUUAGAUCAGCAUGCUUUAUCUUAUCAAGUUAUUUUAACGAAAAGAGAUCGACUUUCAAAUGAGAAAUUUACAGAAUUAAAAUCAAAUAUAGAAAAGUAUCUUUUAGAGAAUGCUAUCUGCUGUUAUCCACAACUAUUAUCAACGGGUAAACGAAAAAAGUCAUCAACACGAACUCAUCUUGAAAAUAAUCUUAUAGAAGAUGAGAUAAUUAAAGUAAAAUGGGCUAUUAUUGAAGCAACUGGCAUUACUGUACGACCUCGUUAACUCCUUUUUAUUAUUCAUAAUAAAUAAAAGUAUGUAUGUGUGUAUAUAUUGAAAGGAAGAAUGUAGUAAUAUGGAUAAAUUACGUAUGC